CUGGUGGUACCAGUGGAAUAUGGUGAUAUCUGCCAAUGGCUGAAUUGCCGUUGAUGGGACACGUAAUUACGCGGGAGGUUCUGACUGUGCAGGCCCUCGCUUCUUGUCACAGAACUGGGCGUACAAAACAUGAAGUAGACAUGAAGUAGUAGGCUAGUCAUUGACCACCAACUCGAUGCAUAGAAGGGUUGCCCAAACAGCCGCUGCAGUAUUGCCUCACAGUGCAAGUCUUGAAUAUCCAUGGGAUCCAGACUGGGCCCAGCCGGUUGUUGAAGGGCCUGCGACCAACGCUUAUGCCGACAUUGGCUUUGCACCCAUGAACUCACCAGCUGAAAGUAUCAUUGCCAGUCCUAAUCCACAGGAGGAGAACGUUAACGAUGAAGACGACGAUGUUGAGUGGGAGCUUCAAAAUAAUGGAUUGUAUAUUGGUUCAUACUCUCGACUUCUCUUGUUGAAUGCAUUCGUUCCAAUUUUCGCAAUAGUGAUAUUCUCUGUCCUAGCACUCCUACCAGACUUGGCUUGGCCCAUAGCAGAUUUUCCUUCUCCAUACCCAUCAUCUUUCCCCUUCCCAUUACCUGAAAUACUCAUCUCUAGUGCAUUCUUCAGUCUCGCCCAUCUCCUCCGCGUCCCCCUCUUUUCACUCGCUUCCCUCCUACUCCCUUCAGAAUCCGCUUGUCUCGCAAGCACAUUCAUCCAUGUCCUCAUCACAAAUGGCCUUCGUCUCGCAGCCCUUGUGGUUCUCCAAGUCAGGCACACAAUGGAUUAUCCCGCCCCUACUUGCCAGGACCCUGCUUUCCGCACUGUAUGGUGGCUUUCCCUCAACUUUGCAGAGGUGCUCGCUGCUAUUGUACAGGGGUAUGAACAGCUUGCUCUUUACCGCGAUGUCAUGGUCCCAGAAGGAAGAGAAACCGAAUUCCUCGAACGUCUAAAAUCAGGGUCUCUCGACGAACCCGAACCAACACUCGAAAACCCUCAUUCCCCACAACAGCAACACGAGGCUUUUGAAAACGGACUAGAAGACGGAGAAGCUCGAAGCGUCGAAUCGCGUAUAGAUCGUGGGUUAGAGAAGUUACUUGUAAUAAAGAUGAGAGAUGAGCUGGAGGAGGUUUAUGGAGUUCCUGUCAUCGUGCGUACCCUCAGCGUCUCUAAUCGACUCUCUAAUCACGUCACACAGAAAAUCCCAGUCUUCAUAUCCUGUCUCCAACGCUUCAACUCCAUCUUUCUCUCCACAGGCCUCACCCUCCUCCUCAGCGCAGCAUACCUCCGCUCCCCCCUCUCCCUCCCCCUCUCAGACGUAUCCGACCGACUGUCAUCCCUCCCUGUAACAGUCCAACUCAAAGGUUUCCUUUACUCCUAUGCGGGUUCACACGUGCAGUCCUACGACAGCUCAUACAUCCCAUUCAUCAUAACCACCCCCCUCGUCCUCCUCCUCCACGCAAGCCUUGCAGCGCUGCACACACCAACCCUCCUACCACGCGUAGGCGUGCAUACCGCUGCCUAUGCCGGCGUGUUGGUCGGUAUCAUGACCUUUUUCGCGGGGUUGGCUGUUUGGGGAGCGUUGUCAUAGGGCCGAGCGACCUAGUAUCCACGUUUCCUUUGAUUGAUACGUACUGUUUCAGGGUUAGGCAUAUAUAUAUAUGAGCACGGAUAUCCUUGUUGUCGUUGCUGUGUUGCAUGCUGUCCUAUGCUAUCUACUGGAAUGUAGUAUGGUAUUUAUUGACACGUUCCGAGCCUUUUG